UAUUGCUUCUAUUUAAUUUUAUUAUUUCUAUGGCUCCUUCAAGUUCAAAAAGAUCUAAAAGUAGCAGCAAAUCAAAACAUAAUGCUUUAUCUUCUGCUUCAUUGAGGAAUUUUUUUAAACUUGAAGAUGAACUAAGUAAGCAUUUGGAUACUGAUAAAAUUGGUGAUGAUGUGAGGAAAAUACUUGCAGAAAUACGCUCUAAUUUAAAUUCAAAUCAAGAUAAACAUCCAACACAUAGCAAAUCAAGUCAUGAAAGAAGCUCAGCUUUGAUUUUGGCGGUUAAAUUACGUAAUAUAAAUCGUCUUUUUACUUUUCGAAAUAAACAGGCAAAUACGAAAUUGGCUGAAGUUCGUCAAAAGGUCGAAGAUCAUUAUUUGUCUCUUCAAAAUGUUUCUAGUGAAAUUGCUCAUAUGAAAAAGAAUAUUGAAACUUGUUUGGAUUUUAGGUUUGGAGGUUUUGGCUGUACUUUAGCCGGUGGCCCACACAGAAACGGGUCAAAUUAUAUACCAUUCGAUUUGUCUCAACGAGCUGAGUCGAAUGGUACCAUUCUUUUUUUGCGGAAAUUCCUACGAGCCGAGAUAUAG